AUGAAUGCGGGCUCUAGUGAAAACAAUCAGUAUGAACAAAUGAUUUUUGAUGCAUCUGGUCCAUCAUUUUUCCCACUAAAUGCCGAGAAUUACCAAGAUGAAGAGCCACAUAGUAGUGCACAAAACUUCUAUGAUUUGUUAAAUGCUGCGAGGCAACCUUUAUCAAUGAAUGUUAGUGAAGAAACAGAGUUGGCAUAUACAUUAAGGAUGAUGAAUAUCAAGACAACUUUUAAUAUACCGCAGUUAGCAAUGGAUCAGAUAUUUGACUAUAUUAACCAUUUGAUGGGUCCCGAUAAUCGAGUACCUAACAGGUAUUAUGAUGCAAAAAAAUUACUUACAAAGCUUGGUCUUGGACAUGAGAAGAUUGAUUGUUGUGUAAAUAGUUGUAUGUUGUACUAUAAGUCUGAAAUAAAUGACAAGCACUGUAAGUUUUGUGGUGAGCCAAGAUUUAAACCACGCCCACCUAGAUGUACUUGUGCAAAAGAGGUGCCACGCAAAAGAAUGCAUUACCUUCCUCUCAUCCCUAGAUUGCAACGAUUGUAUGCAUCACAUAGCUCUGCUUCACACAUGCGGUGGCAUUAUGAAAAUCGCCGCGAACCUGGUAUUAUGUGUCAUCCUUCAGAUGGUGAAGCAUGGAAGCACUUUGAUAGAAGGUUUCCUGAUUUCGCAGCAGAUCCUAGAAACGUGAGAUUGGGCUUAUGUUCUGAUGGAUUUUCUCCUUUUGGUUUCAAUGCGAAGCCAUACUCUUGUUGGCCUGUUAUGGUUGUUCCGUAUAAUCUCCCUCCUUCAAUGUGUAUGACUACACCAUACACAUUCUUAACAUGUAUUAUUCCUGGAGAAAAGAACCCAAAAACCAAUAUUGAUGUCUAUUUGCAGCCUUUAAUUGAUGAACUUCAGUUGUUAUGGGAAACAGGUGUCUUAACUUAUGAUUCAUCACUGAAACAAAAUUUUAUGAUGCGAGCUGCGUUAAUGUGGACCAUCAAUGACUUUCCUGCAUACGGUAUGUUAUCUGGAUGGCAGACAGCCGGGAAACUAGCAUGUCCUUAUUGUCUUCAGUAUUCUAAAUCAUUUUACUUGAAGAAUGGUCAUAAAACAUGUUGGUUUGAUUGUCACCGUCAAUUCCUUCCAAUGAAUCACUCUUGGAGGAAGAAUCGAGAUGCCUUCAUCAAACGACGGGUAGAGAAAUCAAUACCUCCACCAAUUAUGACAGGGGAUGAAUUGUUUCAUUGUUUGGAAAAUAUCCCAAGGAUUAUUCACUACUACAGAAAACACUUAUAA